AUGUCUGAUCGAAACUGGGACGAACACCACAAGUGGGCCGCCCUGAGCGUAAACAAUGAGGACGAAGACGACGACACCCUAAAGCGCGAUGAUUUCAUCCACCGCGCCGAAGCUGACGAGGCCAGGGCGCGGCAGAAGCUGCACGCCGGCACGUCCGACGUCGAACCCUCCGAAGACCUACUGCUGGGCAGCGAGGCCCAUCACCACCACGGCGCAGUCGAGGACGCCGAGGCCUUGCCAGGGCUUGUACCCCGAGCCGGCUUCCACAUACGCACAAACAUCCCUGCGCGCAUGGAUCGGUUGCCGUGGGGUCGAUGGCACUGGCUGGUGUGUUUGGCCCUGGGCAUUUCGUGGGUGCUGGACGGGCUCGAGGUCACAACCGUGGGCAUUAUCGGCGAUACUCUGAAGAAGCAAUCGGCCUUGGGCAUCUCUUCACAGCAGGUGGGCAUCAUCGGGACAGUGUACAUAGCGGGAGCCGUCUUCGGAUCCCUUGUGUUCGGUUGGUUGGCCGACAAGUACGGACGAAAGAAGUUCUUCGUGGUGACGCCGGCCAUCAUCCUGUGCUCCAGCUUCGCCACCGCCUUUUCGUGGGACUACUACAGCUUCCUCGUUUGCAAUUUCUUUACCGGCCUUGGCAUCGGCGGCGAAUACAGCGCGAUGAACAGCGCCAUCAACGAAUUCAUCCCCGCACGCGUGCGUGGCAUCGUCGAUCUCGCCAUCAAUGGGUCCUACUGGAUGGGUGCUGCUAUCGGUGCCACGGCGUCGCUCCUCUUCUUGGACGAGGAGAUCGUCCCAACCAACCUGGGAUGGCGUUUGCCCUUUGGCAUCGGCGCUGUGAUCUGCCUGUUCAUCAUCAUCACCCGCCUCUUCCUUCCCGAGAGCCCCAGGUGGCUGAUGACUCAUAAUCGACUGCACGAGGCCGAAGAGAUCGUCAGGAGGAUCGAGGCCAAUAUCGAGCGGCAGAAGAACAUCACCCUGGAGAUGCCCCUGCAGAUGCUCACCCUCAAGAUCGGCGGUCUCAGCUUCCCUCAAAUCGUAAGCGAAAUCCUGAAUAACUAUCUCUCACGCGCAUUCCUCAGUCUCGCGCUGGCGAUUUUCUUCACCUACGCGCUGAUCCUCACGGACUUCUAUGGUGUCGACUCGGCCGACAUCGGCUUCUUCCUGAUCCCCUUCGCUCUCGGCAACUUCUUGGGGUCGAUUCCCAUGAUCUUCAUCACCUACAUGGUGUCCGCCAUCCUGCUGAUCAUCACCGGAGUGGCUUUCACACAAGACUGGCUCACGUCCGUCACGCAGACCGUCUGCUGGUCCAUCAUUUUCUUCUUCUCCUCCGCCGGUUCUUCGUCGGCCUACCUCACCAUCGCCGAGGUCUUCCCCUUGGAGAUCAGGGCCAUGUCGAUCGCCAUCUUCUACUCCCUGGGCACUGGUGUGGGAGGUCUGGUGGGUCCAACCCUCUUUGGUUCGCUGGUGUCUUCCAAGGACCGGUGGCAUCUGUUCUACGGCUACCUCCUCGGCGCCGGGCUCAUGAUGAUCGCCGCAAUUGUGGUGCUCUUCCUGGGCGUCAAUGCAGAGGGCAAAUCGCUCGAGGAAGUGGCGCCGCCGGUGAACCGGGAGGAGGACGACGCCGUGCUCCCCGCCGCAGACGAAGACGAUCCCUCCCUGCGCUACUCGACGGGCAACCUUUCCACCCUCAGUGUGAAUGCCUCGUGA